AUGGCCAAAAUCAAGGCUUGGGAUCUUCGUGGCAAGAAGGAGAAGCUGUUGAAACAGUUGGACGAUCUGAAAAUGGAGCUUUCCCAGCUGCACGUCGCCAAAGAGAACCUCAGAAAAUACUAUAAGGGCAAGAAGUACAAACCCCUGGAUCUGUGGCCCAAGAAAACACGAGCCAUGCGCCGAAGGCUCAACAAGCCUGAGGAGAACCUGAAGACCAAGGAGCAGCAGCGAAAAGAGCGCCUGUACCCACUGUGGGAAUAUGCAGUCAAGGCCUGA